CCAGGCAUUAGCACACUGACAGAGUUUCAGCACUGCAGAUCAGCCUCUCUCUGUCUUCAGCUGCUUUUAGACACAAAGACAGUGAGAGCAGAGAGGAGGGCGAGUGGGAUAGAAAUCCUUUUUGACAGAUCAGACAAGAGGAUUCCUUUUCUCUUUUUUCACUGAUCACAGCAGAGAAUCCAGAAGCUCUCGCGGCCCGGCUGAGGAUUCCUCCAAUCUGUGAAGUGGUGGGCGUAUGACAUCAGGCGCCCCCCUCCCCUCCUCUACCAUCCCAUCUCCCUCCUCCUAACAUCAACGCGUCCGGCCAAUCAGCACACGAGGAGAUCCGGUCACAUGAGAAUCCCCCCAGUCUCGGUUACCAUGACAACGAGCACUGGUCCAGGCAGCAUCUUGCCGUGGUGAGAAGAGAGAGAGAGAGUGAGUGGGGGGAAGAAGGCGGGAGGAGAGGCAGAAAGAGAAGGGGAGAAACAGAAAGAGAGCAACCACAGGAGUACCUCUCGGAUCUUCAGCUGUCUUUCCAUCAGUACAAAUGAAGAUGCCUGAGGCUGGGAGUUAAAGCCCUCUGCCAGAGUGAGGGUGUUCCAGGGUUGGAGCUGGACCCAGAGACCCCUGCCUGGGGCAGGGUGAAGGGCCCUCACAGCCCUACGUGAGCCUGGACCAUGGGGGAUGGAGGUGCCGGUGCAGCUGGAGGAGAUGGGGUGAACCUGUCCCACAUCCUGUUCGACAACUUCGUCCAGGCGACCACAUGCAAGGGCACACUUAAGGCCUUCCAGGAGCUGUGUGACCACCUGGAAGUCAAGCCCAAUGAGUACAGGGUCUUCUAUCACAAGCUCAAGUCCAAACUCAACUACUGGAAGGCCAAGGCGCUCUGGGCCAAGCUAGACAAGAGAGCCAGCCAUAAGGAGUAUAAGAAGGGCCGUGCCUGUGCCAACUCAAAGUGUCUCAUCAUCGGUGCGGGGCCAUGUGGCUUACGUACAGCCAUCGAGCUGGCUUUCCUGGGGGCCAAAGUGGUUCUUCUGGAGAAGAGAGAUGCCUUCUCCAGGAACAAUGUGCUGCACCUCUGGCCCUUCACCAUCCAGGACCUCAGGGGCCUCGGGGCAAAGAAGUUCUACGGGAAAUUCUGCGCUGGUGCUAUCGAUCAUAUCAGUAUUCGUCAGCUUCAGCUAAUGCUGCUCAAAGUGGCUCUCCUGGUCGGCAUCGAGAUCCAUGUCAACGUAGAGUUCAAGGGUCUCAUUGAGCCCCCCGAAGACCAAGAGACUGAAAGGAUCGGCUGGAGGGCUGAGGUCCACCCCAGGACACACCCUGUCAACGAGCUGGAGUUUGAUGUCAUCAUUGGAGCAGACGGAAGAAGAAACACACUACCAGGGUUUCGGCGUAAGGAGUUCCGAGGCAAGCUUGCCAUCGCCAUCACUGCUAACUUCAUCAACAGGAACACAACAGCAGAGGCAAAGGUUGAAGAAAUCAGCGGUGUGGCCUUCAUCUUCAAUCAGAAGUUCUUUCAAGACCUCAGAGAAGCAACAGGUAUUGACCUGGAAAACAUCGUCUACUACAAGGAUGACACGCAUUACUUUGUGAUGACUGCCAAAAAACAGAGCCUGCUGGAGAAAGGAGUCAUUCUGCAUGACUAUGCUGACACAGAGCUCCUGCUGUCCAGAGCUAACGUAGACCAGGCUGCCUUGCUUUCUUAUGCCCGUGAGGCCGCGGACUUCUCCACCAACCACCAGCUGCCCACGCUGGACUUUGCCAUCAACCACUACGGUCAGCCUGAUGUAGCCAUGUUUGACUUCACCUGCAUGUACGCCUCAGAGAACGCCGCCAUGGUGCGCCAACGCAACGGCCACAAGCUGCUGGUGGCGCUGGUGGGCGACAGCCUGUUGGAGCCCUUCUGGCCAAUGGGCACUGGCAUCGCACGAGGUUUCCUGGCAGCCAUGGACUCGGGCUGGAUGGUGAAGAGCUGGGCGCAGGGAAAAACCCCUCUUGAGGUGCUGGCUGAGAGGGAGAGCAUAUACCGCCUUCUGCCUCAGACCACACCGGAAAACGUCAGUAAGAACUUCAGUCAGUACAGCGUGGAUCCGACCACACGCUACCCCAACAUUAGCCUUAACUUCCUCAAGCCCAGCCAGGUGCGGCACCUCUUCGACACCGGGGAGUGCAGAGAAAUCCGCAUUGAAAUCGAGAAUGUGAUCAACUCAUCGACACCCAAGCUGGCCAGGAAUGACAAUUGCCUGCUUGACAAGCAGUUGCAAGAAUCCAUAGCUCGAUCCAGUAAACUGCUCAACUGGUGCCAGAGACAAACGGACGGAUACAGGAAUGUCAACGUAACGGACCUCACCAUGUCUUGGAAGAGCGGCUUGGCCCUGUGCGCCCUCAUUCACCGAUACAGACCCGAUCUAAUUGACUUUGACUCUCUGGAUGAACGAGACCAGGAGAAGAACAACCAGUUGGGUUUCGAUGUGGCGGAGAGGGAAUUUGGGAUCUCGCCAUGCAUGACUGGCAAGGAGAUGUCUUCUGUAGUGGAACCAGACAAACUCUCCAUGGUCAUGUACCUCAGCCAGUUUUAUGAGAUGUUUAAGGACACAGUGCCACCUGGAGAUAAUCACAACUUGAGUCCUGAGGAGAAGGCUGCACUGAUAGCCAGCACCAAGUCCCCCAUCUCUUUCCUCAGCAAGCUGGGUCAGAGCAUCGCCAUCUCCAGGAAACGUAACCCCAAGGACAAAAAAGAGAAGGAUGUGGACGGUUUGGGGAAGAGAAGGAAAACCAGCCAGUCUGAAGAUGAGGAGGUGUCCAGGUCCGGUAGAGAUGACAGGCCGUCUGUCCCCGCUGUCCUGACCGAGAGAAAGAUGGACUCUGCUGCUGUGGGGAACAACAACAAAGUGAAGGUCAUGGCCACCCAGCUGCUCGCCAAGUUUGAGGAGAACGCUCCCGCCCAGCCGACAGGACUCAAAAGACAGGGGGAAUCUCUGCCCAACUUGGACCGCCUUUUGCCCCUUACCCCACCACAAACCCCCGUGAAAGAGCCAGUGCGCCUGGCACCUGUCCCAGCCUGGAGAAAGAGACGCACACAGCAGCAGGAGCAGCUGAGCAUUCGCUACAAAGAAAUGGUCAAGUGUCAGACACUGCCCCACAGAGGGGAACAGGCCAGAAGUGGCGUCGACCAACUGUCCAGCUCGGGCUCUCGGAGCUGCCCAAAGAAAACCAUUCUGCUCCCUUCUUCCUCCUCCACUUCCUCGCUCUCUCUCCACUCAGAGCGUGUAAACAAAAGUCCGGACGAAGAGGAACUUGAAUACUACGAGAGGCCUCUGAUACACGGGGAGUGGAUGCCACUUCACCUAGCUGACCCAGGACCCAUCCACAUUCCGGGUAUCCAGGAGCGGGCUGAACGCCUGAUCUCCAGGUUUAAGGGCAAAUCUGACAAGCCUCCGAAGCCUAAGAGAAAGCCGUCCCGUUUCUUUGUCGAGCAGUGGUACUUGUCCCGAGGCCUGGCUGUCAGUCCUGGUUCAUCGUUAUCCUCUCAUGACUCGUCCACAAAGGAACCGACGAGGCCUCUGGAAUCUGAAAACCAAACACCCUUAUACGUGCUUAGUAUUCAGGAGAGAGCCGAACAACUUGUAUCUCAAUUUGAGGGCAAGCCAGCCAGACCACAGCCUAAGAAAAAGCCCUCCCGUUUUUUUAUGGAACAAUGGCACCUGGCUCGAGCCCAGAGUCCCCCUGAUUCUCCCCCCUCCACCUCUGACACCCUGAGACAGCGCUAUGUGAGGAUGUACACAGGGGGAGUUAGCUCAUUGGCUGAGCAGAUAGCCAAUCAGCUUCAGUCUAAGGAAGAUCCCAAGCCCCCACAUGCACCUGAAAAGAAGGAUUUGGGCUCUCUCAGGAAAGAGUUCCCUGUCAACAUCGGUGGCAGCGACGUUUGCUUCUUCUGUCGAAAGCGUGUUUACGUGAUGGAGAGGCUGAGCGCCGAGGGGAAGUUCUUCCAUCGCAGCUGCUUCAAGUGCGACUACUGUGGCACGACACUGCGACUGUCCUCUUACGCCUUCGAUGUGGAGGAUGGGAAAUUUUACUGCAAACCCCACUACUGCUAUCGUCUGUCCGGCUAUGCUCAGAGGAAGAGGCCUGCUCCCUCCCCUGCUCCAAUCACGGCAAAGGAGAACCAGACGGCCCAAACUCCUACUGCGACCGUAGAUGCCCCCGGAAGGGCGAUGGCGGCAGCAGCCCCCUCGGCCGAGCUCCAACCCUCAGUACCGGAGGUCAACGGCCUGCAGGAGCCCAGCCUGGCCAAACGCCUUCGGGGAACUCCGGAGCGCAUCGAGCUGGAGAACUAUCGUCUGUCCCUGCAGAGGGAGGAGGAGCUGGAGGAGGUGCCUGAGGAGACCCUGGCGGAGCACAACCUCAGCAGUGUGCUGGACAAGGUCACAGAUGCAGACCUGGGCUCCAGUAGCUCAGAGUCGGACAUGGAGGAGGAGGACGAGCAGGAGGACCAGGAGGAGGGGGAGGUGGAGGAGCACCUUCCCAGCCCUUCGGACCUCGGCGGCGUUCCCUGGAAGGAGGCGGUGGAGCUUCAUGCCAAACUCCGGGGCGAGGAGGGCGAUGACGAGGCUCAGGCCGACGACGUCAGCAGAGACGGGGAGUUAGACGAAGAAGAGGAGGAGGAGGAUCAUGAGGAAGAUGAGGAGGAAGAGGAGGAGUCUAGUGAUGCAGAGGGUGAUUACUGCCCCUGGGAUAGAGAGCUCCAGUCAGGGCUCUGGCUGGAGAAGUACCUCACAGAUGAAGAAGAUGUUGGUACUUUUAAAGCCAGGAACCUACAGCUCCAACAAGUCCUGCAGCCUGUGGAUCCAAAUGCCAUCCCAGGUUUGGUGAGACCACACCUGGACUCUGAGGGAGACAAGGAGGGCCAGCUGGCCUCAGCCUCCCAACUCUCCCAACCCUCUGAGCUCACGCAGCCCUCCUCCACAGCCGCUGCCCACACAUCCGCCCGACACGAGGCAGUGAGAGUCUGGUUGGAGUCCCUGUCUGGAGAACCCUGUGAAGACGAAGAACUGGAAGCAGAGGCAGACAGUCCAGAUAUAGAGCCUGGAACAGAGAUGGAUCAGGAUGACAUCCCUUCAGAUGCAGAAGCUGAGGCACGAUUGCACCAGUCAGAGAACAACGAAGCUCCACACGAGGAAGACAAGAAAUCAGAAAGUCUGGGAAUGGCUUCCAGUAUCGAACCAUCCAGCAUCAACCCAGUGCAGAAGGAAGAUAUUGUUCUUUCCCCCAUCCAGCCAUCCCCAGAGCCUGAAACACAGAUAACUCCGAUGAAAUCUCCUGGCGCCCGCUUUUUCACAGAUCCGUUUAUACCUGAGGAGACGAAGCCUGAGAAGACAACUCCAUCUCCGGUCGCCAGGAGCCCAAUUUCCCCAUCAACUGCCCCUGUUCACAUUCCUUCUUCUGUUCCCUCUCCUGCUCUUGCUGCUGCUUCUCCUGUCAGCAUCCCUGCCUCACCUCUUCCUGCCUCACCUCUUCCUGCCUCACCUCUUCCUGCCUCACCCGUCAAAUCACCUGUUGCCUCUCCAGUCCAGCCAGCCAAUGAAUCACCUGCCAGGUCGCCAAUCAAGUCAUCAGUUAGCUCACCAAUCUGCUCCCAGCCCACCCCCCUACCAGAGACAUGUGCACCUAAAUCUCCGGUCUACCCUCACCGCUCUAUUUGCCCUCUCACCGGAAACCCCCUCUCCCCAAUCUGCGCCCAGCCUUUGCCCUGCCACGAACCCUCGUCGCCUCUCACCUCUGAUUCUCCCGUCAGAACUCAGCCCGUCCCCGCGGUCACUUCCACACCAAUGACCAAAACGGACAAAACCACACCCGAGGCUUCGAAAUCCGAAGAUUCCUCAACAGAGGAAACUCCAUCUAAAAAGACAGACAUCAUCGAGGAAUUCUGGCUGAAGAGCGCCGAGAUUAGAAAGAGCCUCGGCCUUUCUCCUCUGGACCGCAGCAGUAAGAUCUUAGAGAAGAGCAUUGUUAAAACUCCACCACAGGAGUCCACACCUGCCAAGAUGCAGACGCCUGAUGUGUACGAGGAGCCGAAGCCCGCCUUCACCGGCCGAUCUGUCAUUCGCAGAAUCAACAUCACUCUUGAGGGUCAGGUUAUUACUCCUCUUGCUCCUGCAGAGGCCAAGAGUGACGGCUCCGAUAAGAGGGACAUCAGCAGCAGCUCGGGCUUGGGCUUGAAUGGAAGCAUGGCCACCAGCCAGACAGUAAACAGUGACAGCUAUAACACGUCUGACUCCACUAUGCUCACCCCACCCUCCAGCCCACCACCACCUGUGCCUGCUAAUCAGUCUCCGGCUGUUCUCCGGCAGCAGAGACACCAGGUGUCUUGGAGCAACGGACCCGAAAAACCUCCACCUGAGCGUGCCAAAGAGCCGGCAAAAACCAAGACUCCUGUUCCUGCACCCAGGACCCAGCUGAGCCCCGUGUCUGCACCCAGACCUGCACCCAGGAAGGUCUCCUCACCUCAGGAGACACCAGAAACGACUCCGGUGGUCGUCAUGAGAGAGAAGAAGAAGCCUCGGCCGGAGGAGGUGAGGAAGUCAUUUGUGGAGACGGUGGAGGAGAUUCCGUUUGCUGAUGACGUGGAAGAGACCUAUGAUGAGCGGACGCCGGAAACAAGCAUGAACAGGUAUUAUACUCCACCCACCAGCAAGCCCAACAGAGAAAAACCUCCCCUGCAUCUGGCACUAGCAAUGGAAAACGGUAAACCCAAUAUCCCAGCCAACCCAGCCGUGAAGACCCAGAGGGCAACUCAAUUCUCUCUGGAGGCUAAGGAGAUCGCUGAGGAGAGAAUAAGGGCCAGAGAGAAGUCUGUGAAGAGCCAGGUGUUGAAAGAUGCCAUGGCCAAGCAGCUGAACAAAAUGAAAGAGUCUGACACAGACAAGGGUGCCUCACCUAAAGUGGCCUGGAGUGUUACCCCAGAUGCAUCCGGGAAAAGCAAAAAGUCUGCCGGGUCUCCGAAGACGUCUGCUGUGAAGGCUUUGGAGUCGAAGAAGGGAGAGACUUUGCCCGAGCGUUUCUUCAGCAGCAACAAGAGUCUGGACAGCUCGGUGGCCUCGUCGGACGGCUCCUCCGCAAGUAAAAGCAAGAAGAGAAGCUCCCUGUUCUCUCCACGCAAGAAUAAGAAAGAGAAAAAGGCCAAGAACGACAGCAGCAGGAUCUCGGGCGCCGACGAGACACCACCUAAACACAAGUCACUGUGGAAGGCUGUCUUCUCAGGGUACAAAAAGGACAAAAAGAAGAAGGAAGAUAAGUCUUGUCCGAGCACACCGUCGUCCAGCUCCACCACUCAGGACUCUGCGAAGAAGAGAACGUCGCCUCUCGGUAGAUCUUCAGACUUGAAAUCACGGCGAAACUUGAGCUUCUCUGAGGAUUCUGACCUGUCCUGUGAUGAUGUUCUGGAGAGAUCAUCCCAGAAGUCAAAGGCAGAUCGGCAUAUGGACAUCUUUGACUUAGUGUCAGGCAUGCAGAAGGAAGCAAUAAAGGAGGAGAGAGUGGAAAAGGAGAGAAGGAGGGAGUUAAAGGAAAAAAAGAGGGUGAAAGAGAGGCAUAAAGAGAGGGAGCGGGAAAAGGAGGUUGAGCGAGAAAAGGAGAAAGACGAAGAGGAGUCUGUGUAUGUCCCUCACGCACUGGCGUUCAAGAGAUCAUAUGCCACAAAGAAAACCUACACAGAAGAAGAGCUGAAUGCCAAGCUGACCCGGAGAGUCCAGAAAGCUGCACGGCGACAAGCCAAGCAGGAGGAACUCAAGAGGCUCCACAGAGCUCAGAUCAUCCAGAGACAGUUGGAGCAGGUGGAGGAGAAGCAGAGGCAGCUGGAGGAGAGGGGUGUAGCUGUGGAGAAGGCUCUGAGAGGAGAAGCAGGAUUGUAUAAAGGUACUUAUACAUUACCCAAACAGCACAAAAGAAGAUCAGACUAUUGGGGAGAUUCUAAUUACAGUGAAAUCCUGGACUUGCAUCUGGGCGUUGAGCCGUUUGUGGAGAUGCCACGCCGAAGACCGCUCUCCUUCUGCCCCUGCUGUUCCCCUGAAGGUAUGGGCAAGAAGGAUGAUCCCAAACUAAUGCAAGAGUGGUUCAAGCUGGUGCAGGAGAAGAACGCGCUGGUUCGCUACGAGUCGGAACUCAUGAUAUUUGCCAGAGAGCUGGAGCUGGAGGACCGACAGAGCCGACUGCAGCAGGAGCUCAGGGAGAGGAUGGCUGUGGAAGAUCACCUGAAAACCGAGAAGGAGCUGGCUCAGGAGAAGCAGAUCCUGAAUGAGAUGCUGGAGGUGGUGGAGCAGCGCGACGCCCUGGUCGCCCUCCUGGAUGAGCAGCGGCUCCGGGAGAAGGAGGAGGACAAAGACCUGGAAGCCGUCAUGCUCUCCAAAGGAUUCAACCUCAACUGGGCCUAGCAGGAGAGAAGUAAUUGUCCGUCAAGUUUUCGGUGUUCGACUUGUCAGACGGUCAUCUCUGCAUAUGAUUAGUCUGCUGAUCGGGCGGUUGGUCUGUCACACCUACAGCAGUGAAUGUGUAAAGAUUUCCCCCAACAACACAACACUACACACUAUGGCUGCCUCUGACAUUGAAGCAGUCUGUGGCGUUUACAUAUCUUCAGGCCAAAGGCAGUCCGAGUUAAUCACUUUGCAGUUUGUGCUUGCUCUCUCUCUCUGUGGGUGGAGAGACGAGUAUAUUCACAACUUUAUUCACAGCCUUGAAGUGGAUGCUCUCAUGCAGGAGGAGGAGGAGGAGGAGGGUGGCAGCGAUGGUGGGGGGCCUUCGGGAGAAUGUUUAAAGACUCUCGGUUAUUUAAAGGGAAGAAUGCAGUUCGGUCCUGCUGAUGUAAAGGAAAUUGUUAAAAAAAAAAUAAAUAAAAAAUCGAUGUGUUUUUGUGUAUAGUUGUGUAGAAGAUGUCACAUUUUCAGCAGAUGAGGUUCGCCUGUCUCCCGCUAAGGACUGCGACAGAGGUGUGUUUAAAGGCUGAGCGAUGUCUCCAGGCUCAGUCCUUUCAGUCUGGGACGGACUUCCUCUGAAGCUGCCUUUCUUUUCUUUGACAAACUGACUUCAGCAUCCUAAUGAACCACAAACAUGCCAUGAAAGGCUCCCUUUUUUCUCUUUUUCCCCCCAACAGAGUGUUUGGUGAGUCAACACUAAGAAUCCAUUAAAUAUGGCCAUGUUUUUUUUAUGUAUUUAUUAUCUUUGUUUGCUUUAACAGAUAAACUUUUUAUUUUUUUUUUAUUUUUUUGCAUUCACAGGAGAGUGCCCAGAAUCUCAUUAUGUUGUGCAUAAACUCCCGUGCACUCGUAAGCCAUUGCAUGUUGGGAUUGAAGGCUGCAGAAGAACUUUGUCUUUGGUAUUUAGGACGUAGCGUUACAGAAUAUUUCACGUGACUUGAUAAUGACGGGCCUUUCCGUGAGAUGCCGUUCACUGUAUAUCACACUGACGUUUACAGAUACUUGUUCGAUUUGGGUUUUUAACGGUUCCGGCUCCGGUAAACAGUACCGACAUCAUACAGCUGUUGAAAAGGAUCCUUGUGGGAAAAAAAACUGUAUUAACAAUGUGAUUUUAUUAAUGAAUCUGAUGUCACUGUCGUAAAUGGGAGAUCAGCGUAGCUCAUGUCACAUUUUGUGCCACAGGACUGUCUCUGAUUGUGAAUAUGCUGCAAUAUGAAAGGAGUACACCACAACACUACACAACACGGCAAUGUACGGCAGUGUUAUUUACUUCACCCUCGAACAAGAUGCCUUUUUUCAUUUUCAUUCUCGAUACUUAAGUUAUAUAUUAGUUGUUUUUUGAGGUAGUCGCAUCCAUGCGUCCCACUGGAAGUCAAGAUUUGUACUUUUUCAAAAAUUUAUUGAACGCUUUUCUAUAGCAGAUCCCCCCACAAACAGCAUUAAAGAGAUCAUUUAACAUGCGCCCCUAAAGAAAUGCAAAGUACAUAUUGAGCAACUCGGAUCAAACUUCAUGGUUUAUCUGGUGGGCGGUCAAAUGUAAUAGCCUUUUUUUCUUGGCUCUUAGCUUAUAAAACUGUUCAAAACAAAUCCAAGUGGCCACUGUUUUACAACACAGAAACACUAGAGGCUAUAUUUAUGACUUGGUAUGAGCUGUGAAUAAAAACAGAAAAAGUUACAUCAUUUUAAGGAUUAUUGUUUUAGAUGGUGUGUGCUAAGUUUGACAUGAUUGUAUUGAUAUUUAUUAACAUGUGUGCAAAUUGUAUUAUAUGUAAAGAAAAUGAAUCCUAAUUUUUAAAAAGAACUGUUCUGUCGACACAUGACUUGUAAUGUAAAUGCUUCAUGUAGCUAAAAAUACAUAGGGGUGUUGGAUGUAUGCUGAAAACAGCAAUAAAACAAUGCAGUUGUUCUUUUA